AUGGGAUUUUGGGGUGUCACGGUGGGCGAUAUUCAAUGGAUGCAGCGGCGCGGCGAUGGCGAUAGGCAUGGAGGCCCUCUGGAUUAUGUUUCUAAUAUUCCCCCGACCUCGUCGCCGUUUCUCGGCUCGGGGCUUGGGGGGCCAGCGCGAUGCCAGCAUGCUGAUACCCGACCCAUUCAGGCCAUGUCACCGAACAUCAACCUGUCGUCAGACCCUCUCUUAAAGGAUGCAUCGUUGGAUAGGGGCCGCCCCCCCGCCCUCUCCGCCCGACCGUCCAUUGCCCUCAUUCUGCAUAUUCCUCACCGUACCAGGGGGUCCGGGAAUCCCCGCAUUGUUUCUUGCUUGGCUUCCCUGGGUCAAGUCAUCAUUCAAGUGACGGGCGUUCCGUUGGGUCUGUGGGAGAUGCGAAUUCGAAAUGUCGGCAGGACCGCCGGAGGGAGAAGGGGGUUCAAUUUCGAAAUGUGCGGAGCUGUCUCCGACGAUAUCAUUGUGACCCAGAGCAGCCUGUGGUACAUUGUCAUCCUCCGUAGACGGAGGAAGUGGGUACAGGAGCACAAGAUGCCCGAGGGACCCGUUCAUCGGGCGGUGGCCCUCCCGCAUGGGGCCACGGUUGUGUCGCCAGCUGAUCUUAUAUCUGCGAAGGACAAAUGGGAGCUUCAAUGCUCACCCCAGGGACAGACCCCUCGCAGCAUUCGAAUAUUCUCUAGGGUCGGUGUCGAGAGGUUGUGA